ACACAAAUUCUUAGGAACAACGGCCAAACCUUAUGUAAACAAUUCUUGAGUUGAAAAGUAAAUGAAAGCCAAUUAAAUAUAGAGGCGGAUUUCGGAGCUUGCAAAUAAAAUUCAUUAUGGGGGAGCCGCAGCUGAUACGACGACUUUUGCAGGGGAAGUACGUAGAGUGAUAAGAAAGUAGAGAGUAUAUAUAAACAGAGGCUUCCCAAUCGUUCGGCACACAGUCAAGAUGCAGAGCUUUCUGGGAGUAGCAAUCAUUCUGGCUCUUCUGAGCCUGGUGGCUAGCCAGGCGCAGAACAGCUCCCAGUCCAUGGAUCUCUAUAUACUCCAGAAUCAGCGGCAAUAUGACGCGAAGAUCAAACAGCUGGCAGAUGAAUUAGCCAAUUUUAAGCAGCUAUUUCAGAAGCAAAUCAAUGCGCUCGAUGUGCAAGCAGAUUCGAUGCAGCUAAAAUUGGAACAAGCCUCCGCUCACCUGGAUCCCAUUAUCCUGAUCGAUUCCUGGAGCAAACAAUGCGUACAGAACUAUAGUGUUACUAUACCAACGAUCACCGUGGCCAGGGACUCCAUUAUCAAGUGUAAGGAAAGUAUUAGUGGCAUUUUAAAUGCACCUGAGAGCACCUACAACACCCUGAAUAACUACUAUAAAAAUAACGUGAAGAAUGGUUUGGCACAAUGCCUAAAACUUCAUCCAACUGCCCAGUUAAAUUACACACUCUGUGUAACCAAGGUGAUUGGUGAUGCCAAUAAGUAUACCAUCACCACACAGAAUACUUUCAAUACCAACCUGAAGAGUUCGGAAUGCACGGCUGAUAAUCGCAUUAGGAACUCCUGGCAGUGCUCCUUUGGCCAGGUGUACUCUAUUACCUCCAAAGUGGAACUGGCGCUGCAACUCAUCGACUCCUGCAUUUCCAAUAAGGUGAUCUGUGGAUCCUUUGAAGAGCAAUCGUGUCCGAAUAAGUCAUAUGUUUCUCUGUCGGAGAUCAAUCCUCGCAACGAUACCAUCCGGAAUCCCUUCAAGUUUGUAACCAAUGCUAUGAGCUGUGUAGAGGUCCUGAUCAGCAGUUAAAGUAUCCUUACAUAAAUCAAAUUCAUUCGAGUCAAUGAAAAUAUUACAGCAUUUAUUAAUUUGUAUAGCUUUUGAUGUUUAAAUAAAUAUAAAUACUAUUACCAGCAUUAUAAAUAUGUACUUUGCUCUAUAAAGUUUUGAUAAGAAAACUUGAAGUGCUGUUUCCAGAAGCGAAUUAAUAAAAAUAUAUAAACUAAGUAGAUUAUUAAGCAAAACCAAGAUAAAUAAGUACAUAUAGUUAAAAAGAUUUUAUAGCCUCUUUAAUUAGCACCAAAAACUGCCAGCUGGGUAAACAUUGUAUUGUUUAUGAAGAUUAUAAAGCGAAUUCGUAGCACCACCUGCUCCAUCCAAAUUAUAAAGCCUCGUGGUUUAUUACUUGGUUUAUCAAUUUUGAAAAAAAAAGAAGUAAAAAAGGAAAGAUGCCAGUUCCAACCAAUUCACCAGGAGCACAGAAUCAUUUCAGUGGACUCUUGAGUACCAACGCAAAAUAAGAUGACAAACUGGAUUUGGACCUUUUUCAGGUACCCGCACGAACCAUUUCUGGAAUUUGAGCCACUCAAAGGGACCGCUGCAACAUUCCAAGCCUUAGAAAUAAUUCCUCGAAUUUGGAGUCACAUAAAACCAGAGAUCGCUUUGUGUGUGGGUUUUCAUUCUAACGUUUCCACAUUCCCCGUCCCGAUUCCACAAUCUGGAUGGCAGAUGCGUGAGAACAAUGAUCGGCACAGGCUAAAGAAAAUCGUGGUUGGUGUAGUCCCAAAAUCAUGAAAAGAUCUCUUGACACGGGCUGACCGUGUGAAAUAUUAGAGAUGCUUGGGAAACCUCGGAAAAUAUCUAACAGGCUGACAGUAAAAUUAGCACGCCACUACGGGAAAUCGAAUGAAAAUGUGAUAGAGCAGGUAGCUAGCACAUGUGGAAGCACUGGGAAAAUUCGUGAGAAUUUUCUGUCUUUGAUCCUUUCAUUGUUGGCCCUUUGGGACGUUAUGGGAAAAUGAAUUUUCAGCGUGUGAAAAUGUUCAAAAUUGCUUAUAAUUUGUU